AUGAACAAUCAACGCGCCUCCGGGCGCAGAAGAGAGUCACGUUCCAGAUCCACUCGCAGAAAUCAACAGGUUUCUUAUCGCUCCCGAUCACCACUCAGAAAUCAUCGUGGAGCCAUGACUGUGAGCUCGUGCCCAAAGACCGGAUCCCGCCUCUUGAACCUACCAAAAGAGUUGCGGGAUAUGAUUAUCGAACAUCUUUUUGACUCCACUCGUCUCACAUUUGGACACAGACAAAUCAGUUGUGAGUACCGCGAGGUUGUGCCAGCUCGCAACGCACUCGCCAUCCUCCGCGUUUGCAAACAAAUGUACCAAGAAACUAGCAACAUUUGGAUCAGUCGGGUCCUCUUCGAUUUUGAAGAUACUUUCCCAUUGUUGGACAAGUUCUCCCUUCUACCCAUCUCUACCAUCAGCCAAAUCCGUAAUGUUCGUAUCCGCACGAAUGGUGAGGAGCCUGAAGCCCCUGAGACUGUCGAGGGCGAAGAACAAUUGUCCGGACUGCAAAUCUUGCAAGGACUGCAACUUGACAGACUCAUAGUUGUACCAGCUUGGGGUGUCUCAUACAAUGGUUGCGAAGACAUCACUCGAUUCACAAAUACAAGUUUCCCUUGCAAGGAACUUUGCUACCACACUCCCACAUCAUGUUUCCAUGAGAACGAUGAGUCGACUUCGGCGGACGCAACAGAUUUCCUCACUCGUCGGAUCAACACUAUGGCUGAUCAGAUCCUAGACAGAGGCCAAUCCGGGACACCAUUUACCAUCUAA